AUGACCUCUUCCCGCCCUUCCCAGAGCAGCUCAGUAUCCAGUCUGCACUUCGAUCCAUACAGAGACUCAGAUACAGAGGACCCCAAGGUCAAUGUGCCUGAGCGAGUGGGGUAUCCGGCCCGCUCAUGGCGUCAAGCCGGGACUCCAACGUCUUCCGUGCUAUCGGAAGACCCAUCUAAGCGCAAGCGAUCUCGUCGAUCGCGAUACUUACAUAGUCUCCGGUGUGCAACUAUUGGGAUAUUCAUCAUGCUAGGCAUCGUCCAAUUCAUCUCCAUCGCCUGUGGUAUCGUCCUCUCGUUCUUCCCGGAUGAAUACGACCGCGCAGUUCAUAAUUGGCUAGAUAGCGCCAACAGCACUAGCAUCGUAGACAACGCGCGCUGGCCCACCGAUAUCUCGCGCGAUAUCGUCCCUGUUGGCUGCCACUCCCAUAACGACUACUGGCGCCGGGUACCAUUGUACUCCGCACUGCAAGCGGGAUGCAUAGGCGUCGAAGCCGACGUUUGGCUCUUCGACGACGAGCUUUAUGUCGGCCACAGCAAAUCCUCCCUGACAGAGCGGCGAACCCUACAAUCUAUGUAUAUUGACCCGAUAAUAACCAUCCUCGAGCACCAGAACCCAACCACCAAGUUCAACCAGGGAGGCGACAGCCCUGCGCAUGGCGUCUUCGACACAAACCCGGCCCAGAGUCUAAUUCUUUUGAUCGACUUCAAAACCCCAGGCCUGGCAACCUGGCACGCCGUCAUGAAGCAACUCGCUCCGCUCCGUGACCGUGGCUACUUAACCCACUUCAACGGCGACGGGUUCAUCCAAGGCCCCGUCACCGUCGUGGGAACGGGAAAUGCACCCUUCAAUCUCGUCGCCGCAAACAAUACUUACCGCGAUAUCUUCUUCGACGCCCCGCUCGACAAACUCGUCGACGCCGACCAACCAGACAACAUCCCCCAGCUAGAUGCAGCUCUCAUCCCAGGCACAGAUUUAGGUCAAGGCCAAUCUGGUAUGCCGGAUAUCAUCACAGCAUCCACCUUCAACACCUCGAACAGCUUCUAUGCCUCGGUGUCUUUCAAAAAGUCAAUCGGCCGUCCCUGGCCCUUCCACUUCACGCAGCGCCAGAUGGACCGUAUCCGCAGCCAGGUGCGUGUUGCGCACCAGCAUGGCUUAAAAGUGCGCUACUGGGCGCUGCCGAGUUGGCCUCGCAGUCUGCGGAAUCAUAUCUGGCGCGUGCUUGCGCAGGAGGGUGUGGAUAUUCUGAAUGUUGAUGAUUUGGUCGAUGCUACUAAGGGGGAUUGGAAUACGAGUGUCUUCGAUUGGUGGCCGUGA